GUGAUUUGCCUGUGUUUGUGUAGUUAAAAAAGUUUUUUUGUUUGAAAACUAUUGAAGCAAGUUCAUACCAAGGCAGCAACAAAAAGGCCUCGCCAUGUACGGCCUUCUCCUCGAAAACAUGGCGGAGUACAUCCGCCAGACGUACGGGGAAGAACGCUGGGAGGACAUCCGACGGCAGGCAGGGGUUGAGCAACCAUCCUUCUCGGUACACCAGGUGUACCCGGAGAACCUGAUCACGCGGCUGGCGAAGAAGGCUCAAGAGGUCCUAGGCAUAUCAGAGCGCGAAUUCAUGGACCAAAUGGGAGUAUACUUCGUCGGAUUCGUCUCCCAGUAUGGAUACGACAGAGUUCUCUCUGUGCUAGGCCGGCACAUGAGAGACUUCCUCAACGGCCUGGAUAACCUCCACGAGUAUUUGAAGUUCAGCUACCCUCGAAUGAGGGCACCCAGCUUUAUUUGCGAGAAUGAGACAAGACAAGGGCUUACGCUGCAUUAUAGGUCGAAGAGGAGGGGCUUUGUGUACUAUGCAAUGGGGCAGAUUAGAGAGGUGGCGCGUCACUUCUACCACAAGGAGAUGAGGAUAGAGCUUCUCCGUGAAGAACUUCUCUUCGACACAGUCCACGUGACCUUCCAGCUGACGUUUGAUAAUCGAGCCUUUACCCUCGCUUCAUUGGCCAUGACAAGGGAGGAGAAGCAUCUACCCAUCAGUGCUUCGGUGCUGUUCGAGAUAUUUCCCUUUUGCAUUGUGUUUGGGUCGGACAUGGUGGUGCGUUCCAUCGGCAACUCGCUCAUGGUGAUACUCCCGGACCUGGUAGGCAAGAAGAUCACCAACUGGUUCGACCUCGUCAGACCGCUUAUAGCUUUCAAGUUUCAGACUAUAUUGAACCGCACUAACAACAUCUUCGAGCUGGUGACAGUAGAAGCUGUUAUCCACGAGAAAGCGACUGACAAGCGCAAUGAGCUGCUGCGUUUAUCGGACGAGUCCGACGGCACUACUGAGAAGAACCUGCGGCUGAAAGGUCAAAUGAUCUACAUGGACAACUGGCGGAUGAUGAUGUACCUUGGCACGCCAGUCAUGCCGGACUUGUCCGCGCUCGUGUCCACCGGCCUUUACAUCAACGACUUGUCUAUGCAUGACUUUAGCAGAGACUUAAUGCUGGCCGGCACCCAGCAGUCAGUCGAGCUGAAGCUGGCCCUCGACCAGGAACAGCAGAAGAGCAAGAAGCUAGAGGAGUCCAUGAGGAAACUGGACGAGGAGAUGAAGAGGACCGACGAAUUGCUCUACCAGAUGAUACCGAAGCAAGUGGCUGAUCGGCUGAGGAAUGGGGAGAACCCUAUUGACACGUGCGAGAUGUUCGACAGCGUUUCGAUCCUGUUCUCCGACGUGGUCACCUUCACGGAGAUCUGUUCCCGCAUCACGCCAAUGGAAGUGGUCUCCAUGCUGAAUGCCAUGUACUCCAUCUUCGACACGCUCACUGAGAGGAACAGGGUGUACAAGGUGGAAACAAUAGGAGACGCAUACAUGGUGGUAUCAGGGGCACCAGAAAAAGAGGACAAUCAUGCUGAGAAAGUCUGCGACAUGGCACUUGACAUGGUCGACGCGAUCACUGAUCUUAAAGACCCCAGCACAGGUUCUCAUCUCUCCAUAAGAGUCGGCGUUCACUCAGGUGCAGUAGUGGCUGGUAUAGUCGGCCUAAAGAUGCCUCGCUACUGCCUCUUCGGAGAUUCAGUAAACACAGCUUCGAGGAUGGAAUCAACGUCGGAAGCUAUGAGGAUCCACAUAUCACAGACCACGAGGGAACUGCUCUCACCAUCCUACAUGGUGCAUGAGAGAGGAGAGAUACAGGUUAAGGGGAAAGGGGCAAUGAAAACAUACUGGCUGGAAGGCAGGGAAUCAAGGCCGUGCCUCACCAAAAUGAUAUCGCCUCAACUACAGCCUGGAACAGAAUUGGAAUGGGAAAGAGCAGCUGACGUUAGGGACAGCAUAGCAGAACAUUCUGCCCAACAAAUGAACAUAAAAGAACUAAAUUCUGGAAAUUUCACUCACCUUCCCAAUGCAAUCAGCUCAGGACCAAACUCCUUGGGAAAUAACACUCCGAAUGUCAUAGCAGUACAACCAUCAAAUCAGUCAUCUCUGAAGAGUCCGCAAGUGCAGAGAGCCAACACUCCUGCGCCAACAGUGACGUCACCAGUGGAAGAGAGACGGAUGUAUUCCCCUGUCACUUUCCAGGACGUAGCGCGGAGAAGUAUAGCGAAUUCACCAAAUAGGACAGAGAAGGAUCGAGAUUCCAGAUCGACGAGCUAUGGAGUAGUGUGGACAGAUGCGGAAUCUGUGGAACCGGUCAAAGACAGCCUGGAUUCCUCUUUCUGUUACAGUGCAACAUCCCCUUGCAGAGUGGGCACGGCGCCGGCGACCAAGGAGAGGGAACAGGACAGCUUCGUGGAAAAGGCUUGUCUAGCUCGUAUGUCUCCGUCGCACUCAGCGCCUCCGGCAGUGGUCGGCGACUCUUGCUCCACGCUGCGGCUGGAUACCACCUCCACGAGCCCUAGCCAGAGCAGGGAGGAACUGCAGGAAACAGACGCCGAAUACCAAGACGCUCACAUGGACAACCAGCCCCACAUUUGCACCAUAUCCGACACCAUCGAAGCGAACCACUCGAAGCCUGGCAGAGUAGGCCGCUUCAAAGCCAGAAUAGCACCCGGCCACCAGAAGUGCCAGAAGACAAAAGAAGUCAAAGACAAGUGUCAACAAAGUCUACCACACGGCCACCACCACACCAAGAAUGUCAACCACCACCAGUGCUGUGGUGCGUUCGGAAAUCCCCACGUGAGACAUAAAAAUAACUCCAGCUGUCGGUUAAUUUAAGGUUUCAAUUUGAAUGUUCAUAAUGUAAUUAGAAUAGGUGUUCACUGAGAUAGGUACGAAAAACUGGCAAGUAGGACUUUGUAAGAAAAAAUUCAAUUUCCAUGAAACCUGUGGUUUCUUUUUAUUGUGAUAAGAUCAAACCCCAAAAGAUAAUAUAGUUUUUUUAUUUUUUUAGGGAACACAGCACAUCGAGCUAAACCUGUCGCAUCUUAUUUGAUUGAAAUAAGUGCGAUUUUGCAGCAAAAAUGUACUGUAAUUGUGUAGACAAUUAAUGCCAAGUUUUAGAAAAAAAUAUUGAGAAAAAAAGUUAUACGUAAAUAAAGAUUUAUUCAGAAUAUACUACAUUUGAUGAGUACUCAAUUCUAAAGAUAUUAAGUACAUAAAUAUUUACGAGAAAUAUCUAAAUAGUUUGAAAAGUUAUCGUAUUAUAUCGUACAUUCUUACAUAGCAACCUUUAACUGUUGUGAGGGAACAGAAUUCAUAAAAAAUCUUCUAGUCUUCUACUUAUAAUGUACUUAAUCACUAAAUAUAGCUGUUCAGAUUAUCUACUUUUAUAGUAUUUUACAAUGUAAUUAGAGGUUUAUUUAUUGUUAAAAAUAAUUAAUAACAAUAGAUCUCAGAUGCAUAACAUCCCAAAGAAUAUUCCAAAUGUUAGAAAAGUUAUAAAAAGCAGAGCUUUACGCAUUGACAAUAGAAAGGAAGGGGAUUAUAAUAAAAAUAAUUAAAAUAUGGAAAUAUUGACGCUGUGUGACAGUGGAUUCUAUUAAAAUAGAAUAUUGUAAAAUAUUUUAAUGUUUCUUCACUUUAGACGUUAUUCACGAAUGUGAUUAUUUUUAUUUUGAGUUUGUGAUUCUUGGAGUGGAGGCCACGUACCCACAAGGUGGACCGACGACCUCAUAAAGGUAGCAGUAAGGCUCUGGAUGCAGGCCGCUACUAACCGGCCAUCGUGGAAAUCAUUGGGGGAGGCCUAUGUUCAACAGUGGACGUCCUGUAGCUGAAAUGAUGAUGAUGAUGAUUCUUGGUGUCGAGGAAUAUUACGCAAAUAAGUCCAUCAAAAAACAACUACAUAGCUAUUUUAUUAAAAGCAAUUAUACAUAAAUAGCUACGUAAACAAUAAUUUUACAUUAAAUUAUUUUUUAUAGGGUUUGUGCCUUGAAAAUAUUGGAAUGGUGUUAAGUUAUACCCAAUUAUUAUCAAACUUAUUAUUAAUUAUUACACUUCAAUGUAUUUGUUGGGUUAAAUUAAAUUAUUUAAAUACAAAGUACCUACAAUAGUUUUAGUCGUGAAUAACGUCAUUAGAAAUUAAAAUGUAUCACAUUGAAAAAUAAUAUCGUGCACAGAACAAACGAUAUUUUAAUGUAUAUUUUUUACUACUGCCACCUAGUGACAGUUAGCUGUACAUUGUAUUUUGUAUCUUCAAUGUAUAUUAGCACUAAAAAUUAAAAUACAUACUUGCAUGCAUAAAAUGCAAUAAUAAUGCAGGGAUAUUAUUUUGCACUUUUUAAACUUUUAGCUAAAUAAAUUAUUUUUGUGCUGUUAAACUUAUUUUUUUACGCACUCCAGUUAUUGUAGUAAAUAAAGGUAUUAAGCCUGUAAGAGUAUUAUUAUUAAUUAGUUAGUUACUAUUUUUACUAUUAUUGUUUUAAUUGAAUAGGUCCAAAGAGAUUAAAAUAUAAUGUGAAUAAUGUAUGUUUUGUAUGUCAUAGUCAGUAUGGACGGACGACGGCGUAUCAAGCUAAACUACAUUGCAUCUUAUGAACGUUGCAAUAGGUGAUAUUUUAGAACUAAAGCGUAAAGUUUGAUAUGCCUGCGACUUUCUACGCCUUCAUAAGUUGCUUAUACCAGUUUAUGUUUCAAAGCAUUUUUAUAUUAUUUUGCAAGUUGUCAAAGAGAGAUUUUUUCAGGCCAGUUCUAAAGCUAUAGCCGAAAAACUCUUACGACAGAUUUUUGGUUUCCAAAAUAAAUGUAUAACACAUUUUAUGAAACUCAUAUCAUGUUUACAAUAUUUUGAUGAGAUUAGUAAAUAAGCAUAGCAAGGUUAACAGCGCCCCUACGACUAGACUGAUGAACUUAAAAUGAGUUAUGUUCAUAAUGUUGAUAAUUAUUAUUCGAAUUUUCUAUUCAUAAUGUUACUACCUAUAUUGAUUUUAUUUUUGUAUAAUAAUAAAGCUCCUCUUUUGUACACACGGCCACACUGUUAACUAUCUAUUUCCGUUUUUGCUCUCGCUCUCAUCAAAUGGUGAUUCUUUGCGAUAGAACGAGACGACAUGACAGGCAAUGGAUAGUUAAUACUGUUGCCGAUGGUACGUAGCUAGUAGUAAUAUUUUCCACUAGGGGCGCUCGUGUGCACAGUUCGAAUCAGUUUGAACACGGUUUGAACCAGUUUGAACGUUUGAAUCUCAUUUUUUUUUUCACGAAAGGUAUCGAAUAUUAACCGCCUUGUAGCACUGGUAUUUGCAUUAAUUGUAGAUUUUUUCCGUUACAAAAAUCAUGCAAAAUUUAUCGAUUUCUUUCGUGAAAAGGGACUUCAUUUAAUGCAUUAUUAUAACACAAUGUGAUAUAAAUAAACUGCAUCUAGAUAGUUCAGUGUUGUGAGUCAAUUAAGAUAUAUUUUAUCUAGUCGUUUUGAGAUUAUAUUAUUAUGUGUACUUAAUUUUCUUUUACACUAAUUAAUAUAUAUAUAUAUAUAUA